UGCGAUACUUGAUUUUUGUCUCUCGGUUAGUGCGGUUCUGAAAAAGUCGUUCAGCUCCAGCGUAUUCUUUCUCGAGCAUUAAUGUCGGAUUUUACCGAUCUGUUUGUACCGGCGUAGUAGCAGAGCGAAGUGAGAAAGGUGCCGCUGCGCUGUUGUAAUUUUUCAGUCAAUCGUCGAGCGACGCGGACGUGUUUUUCGUGCUCACGCGUUUCCCGUGUUUCCCCGUGAAAAAGGGGUUCGGCGAAGGAGUCCAGUUUUUGUGUUUUUUAAAGUAAGAUAAUUCCCCGUGCGUGAAGAUUUCGUCACGAAAACCAGCAGAAACGCAGCCAACGGGUCGUUCGUGAGCGUGUGUGGUGGGAGCGGGCCAAGGGAGAGAGGGGGAGACCGCCCGCCUGUCCGACUUUGUGUUGUAGCUUGUGAUUGGCCCGCUGCCGUGUGGUUGCAGGUGAUUUACAUACGGACGGAAAUUCCUAGAUUCAAUUAGUGCACUACUCCGUUUUACGCCGUCUCAAGCGCCCCGUGUUCGCGUGUGUGUCUGUGCGUAAAAGUCCAACGUGACCCCGUCUUGACGGGUUGAUCCCCUUUCCUUGUCGUCCGGAAUUCGGUGUCCGCUGGCCUAGUGGUGGCCGAUUAUAGAACGCGGAAAAAAGAAAGCAUAAAUUAUUACGAGCGUUUUCGCCGUCGCCGUCGUCGUCAUCAUCGCCGUCAUCGUCAUCGUCAUCAGAUUGUCCCCAGGGACAAAAGGCCUGCUGCGGUUUCUGUCUUUUGCCAAAUCGAUUCUCGUAAUAAAUGGAAAAGCGAAUCGCCGAAAAUGGCCGUGUGUGAGAUGGAGAUGGCCAGCAGCGUGCGUCACGGGCAAAGGGCGCAAUUGAGUGGAGCCACCAGAAGUGUGUUUGGAGUGUUUUCGGUGUGUAAUUCCCUGUUUCGCAGUGCCCGGAGUGUAGUUGGAGUUGCUUGCUUGCUUGCGUGCGUGUUGUGUGUGUGUGUGUGCGUCGCAGAGAUCGUGCGUGAAACAAUAACGCGCAAAAGUGGACGAUUUCCUUAUUCUACGCCAUCGCCAACCACGUAAACAGCAACGUUGUGUUGUGUGAGUUGAGGAGCGCAGAGAGUGGUCGCCGUCCUCGUCGAGGAAUCGACGCGCCGUGUUGUCGUCAUCGUGAGCAGAGAGAACAGACGACGCCGCCACCACCUCCGCGACCAGCAUCCCCUCGAACGGUGGUCGGGGGUGGACGAAAAACCAGUCUCGUUUGCGUGUGUACCGGUGUCCGCCACGAAACGUGCCACCAGUGGCCCCUCAGCAUCGUGUGAGAAUAGAUACUUGAGCGGAAUACAACAGUUCCAAGGCACACAUACACAUACUCACGGGAGAUCGGCACCAUAAAAGGCUAACGAUUCAUGAUCGGAGGACACUGGCGAUCAAAGUAACCAAACCAAUGGCAUUGGACAUUGUUUCGUCGUGCGGCCGGUGGUGGCGGUUGUCCUAAUGUCGACCGGGGGGCCAUCGCCACCGCCAUUCGGUUGUGGUUGCAUUAGAAGCCGCGGUAGUUUCGCUCCGGUUGGCUUCGGUUGGUACACUUGAACCGGCAGAAGAUCGGCAUCGAUCGUUUACUUGCUCCUGCAACUAUUAGCUAACAUCGUCGCCACCGCUACAUUUCCUAGAGUUUAAAUUCACGAAAAGAGAAAAACGGAUAGGCAAGAAGACACCGGGGAAAACGGAAUCAUCGUGGGGCUCACGGUGAUUAGCUAGGAACAAAUUGUAGUAUACCAUCAUCCCUCUCGCAUUGUUCGUGCUCGAAAUCUUAGCCUAGUAUCACCUAAACGAAGGGAACCAGUUUGUUUGUUUUUUAUUCAAAAGCGCACGGAUCAAAAUGGCUGCCGAUCAAAAGGACGUACUCGCAGGGCUGAACUUAUCGAAGCUGUCGGUUCAAUCCCCUGCAGUUCGUUUGAAAGAGUUAGAGAAUCUGAUUCUGGAUCAGGUGAAUAAGUCGAACGCUAAUAACAACAUCAACAACAGCAGCAGCAAUGGAACCAGUAGUCCCCUGUUCAGAAGCAUGCUCGGUGGAGCGGUCAUUGCUGCGGGCCUGUCGGCGGAAAAGUUUCUGUCAGUCGAAACGAUGCUAGAUUGCUUACUGGUGCUGUACGACGAGUGUGCCAAUUCGUCGUUGCGCCGCGAGAAGACGGUUUCCGACUUUAUCGAGUUGAUGAAAUCCGUUGUGCAGAGCAUUAAACAGUUACGGUUGUCGCGCGAAGACUUCGAGGUGCUGAAGGUGAUAGGACGAGGUGCAUUCGGAGAGGUUUGCGUCGUACGAAUGCAUCACACUAGUCAAAUCUAUGCAAUGAAAAUACUGAACAAAUGGGAGAUGCUGAAGCGUGCUGAAACGGCCUGCUUCCGCGAGGAACGUGAUGUGUUGGUGUUUGGCGAUCGAAGAUGGAUCACCAACCUACAUUACGCCUUUCAGGAUGAUAUCAAUCUGUAUCUCAUUAUGGAUUAUUACUGUGG